CGAUGACAAAGUUCUGAAAGACGUAGAAAGUACGGAGUAUAUUUUAUUCCAUUUAUGAAAUUUUCUUUUUUCUUAACAAUUUAAAACAAGUUCUUAAAAAAGAUAAAAAGGAAAGGAAAAUUUUCCAUUAUAUUUUUGCGAGCUUUGACCUAUAAAUAGGAAUGGUUCCAAUGCAUCUUCAUUCUUCAACAUCAUCGCCUCAACUACAUAGCCCUUCAUUCAAUUCCCAGCAGCUUCUCGUUUUGAUACUUACAAAGCAAAAAAGAAAACCCAAGGUAGAUCGAGAGUACGUAGUAUACUUAAUUGAUUAUAUAGAUAUGGUGAUUGUUGUUGAUAAUCACUGGUUGAAAGUCAAGAGCAACACAAGCAGCAGUUCAAGAGGGAAGGGGGUCUAUAGAAAAGAAUAUGAUGAGUAUAUGGGCCUUGAACGGCCCACCAGUGACAAUGAUGACAGUGACAGUGACAAUGAUGACAGUGACGAAUCGGACAUUGAUGAUGAAAGGGACGGUGACAAUGAUGGUGGAGACGAUGAUAGCAGUAAGGAUUGGGUCAAGGUUGGCAUUGAAGAAGACGAUGAUGAUGACAUUGAAGAAGACGAUGAUGAUCAUGAUGAAAGUGACGAUGAUGAUGGAAGUGACGAUGAUGAUGGUAAUGUUGAUGAUGGUGAAAACUCUCCUAUUCCAGUCUUGAACAGUUGGCCGGAGGACAAAUAAUGUAGUGACAGGAAAGAUAAGGAUCGAAGACCACUCCUCUAACUUGCUUGGGUACUUAUCUUAGUUAUCUAAUGUAGUAUAUACGAGUAAACUCACCUUUACAUGCACGGUUUCACCAUUUUUCUUUCAAAUUUACGUCUAAUUACAUGUAAUACUGAUAUUCAACAAAGCAUUAAAUGAAAUACGUUAUGGUCAAAAUGAG